AUGGCAGACGAAGAAUCAGACGAGAUAGACUUCUCUAAGAUGAAAAAAAAGAAAAAGGCAAAGCCAGGUCCUGCUCCUGCAAAGAAAGAGGCAAACCUUGUUCAAGACGCAGAUAACAAAUAUGAUGAAAUGCUUGCACGCAUUUUCGAAAGACUAAGAAAGCAAAAAGGAGUCGUUGGAAGCAUUGAUAAUCAGCGCUGCGUUGUAAAACAGCCAGAAGUCGUCAAAAUUGGUUCAAAGAAAACCGGCUGGGUCAAUUUCCAAGACAUCUGCGAUAUGCUUAAACGUCCAUCAGACCACAUGUCCCGAUUCUUCUUCGUAGAACUUGGCACUGAUGGCAGCAUUACCCAAGACCAGCAGCUUAUAUUUAAAGGCAGAUAUCUAGAAAAACAAAUAGAAUUUCUACUAAAAAAAUACAUCACCGAGUACGUUCUCUGUCAAAACUGCAAGAGUAUGCAGACUACCCUCACAAAAGAUUCAAGCAUCAGAAUGUUUACCAUGAAGUGUGAAAAGUGCGAAUGUACCCGAAGUGUCCAGCCUAUUAAAGAAGGAUACCAUCAUCAGACCAAAGCAGACAGAAAGAAAGCAAAAAAUAUGGCUAAUUAA